GAAGCAAGAACUAUUCCUUCUUUUCGAGAACGCUGUGUUCUUCCUAAUUGUAAAUGUUACAAAUUUGAUCGUGCAUAAUAUUGUAUAUUGUGGAUGAUACGCAGGUCAGUUUAAUGAGACAUGGUAAAUUGUUAGCUGAAUCGGCGCCGCAGAAAUUACUGGAGAAAUUUCAAUCCUCGUCAUUGGAUGAAAUUUUCUUGAAAUUGUGCGAGGCACAGAAUAAUGCAGUCACUUUAACUGAAGAUCAGGAAUCCAAUAUGGAAGACACUGGUGGCGAUGCCUUCAAUCACGAUCGAAACAAAUAUGAACAACUACAAGGAAACAAAACGGUUUCGAAAAGACAAGUUUCACGAUUAAGAAGGUUCAAAGCUCUAUUUGUGAAGAACAGCCUCCAAUUUACCCGUGAUUACUUAGCAAUAACUCUUUCGGUAUUACUACCGAUAUUACUAUGGGCUUCAGUACUUUUGGCAAUUGAUGAUCCAAAGAACUUGAAUAUCGGGAUUGUUAACGAUGAAGCUGGCAAUUGCGACAGCAGCAACUUUGGCAAUAUUUGGAAUGAUGAAAUCGGCUGCCACUUCAGCAACCUCAGUUGUAGAUUCCUGAACAAUUUGGACGACUCCAUUGUGACACAGAAGUACUAUAACAAUAUUUCAGAGGCGAAAUAUAAUAUUCAAAGAGGAGAACUUCGUGGUAUAAUAUAUUUUCAUCAUAAUUUUUCUGAAGCUUUAAAAAUACGAGUGGAACAUGUUACUUUCGCGAAGGAUUCCGAUCUUCUUGCUAGUCAGAUUCAAGUUUUCCGUGAUAUGAGCGAAGCACCAAUUGGAGGUCUUCUACAGAAGAAGCUAUAUGAAUGGUUUUUAGAGGUUAUUGAGGCUAUUAUGAGGGACUGCAAAUAUAUACCAAGAUUAGCCACUCCGCUGAUUCGAUUUGAAGAUCCUAUAUAUGGUACUACUGAUUUAAAGUAUAUAGACUUCGUGAUACCAUCAGCUCUAUCAGUAGUAGCCUUCAUUUUGGGCAGUACAGUCUCUUCCUUCUUGAUAAUCACAGAUCGAGUGGAGGGUGUCUGGAAUCGAAGCUUAGUCCAAGGGGCUAAAGCAAAAGAAAUUCUGCUGUCUCACAUUGUUGUUGAGAGUAUCAUCACAAUUAUCCAGUCCAUUAUAGUAAUUCUCAUAGUCUUCCCUAUAUGGGGUUUGGAAUGUAAAGGAUCGAUAUUGGUUAUAAUCUUCCUUCUCUUUCUCACCACGUUUUGUGGAAUGAUGUGUGGUUUUGUCAUAUCUACCUUUUGCACAACUGUUUUGUCGGCCGUAUUCUUGCCAAUCGGAAAUUUCUUAAUAACAAUACUAAUUACUGGAUGUUAUUGGCCAACAGAGGGAAUGCCGACAUGGCUUGACUGGAUUAGCUACAUAUGGCCAACUACAUUGCCCUCCCAAUCUUUCAGGGGAAUCAUUUACAAAAAUUCUUCCAUUUCUGAUUCGGAAGUUUAUAUUGGUUUUAUAACAACAUUAGGGUGGACAGUGCUGUUCUUUGUCGUAACUAUAUUUGGUAUGAAAUUGAAAUCGUAGGUUAUUAGAGGUUUUUGUCUACAUUAUAUAAAUUAUACAGUCUUGCAUUGUCUACAAACUGCAGUAGAUAAAUGUGCAGAGCGAGCCUUUAAAAGUCUUAUUGAUUUAUGUGUUUAAGGAAAUAUAUAAUUAUUCGUAUUGUUGCCAGUAUAUAAUUAGCAAAUGUAGAGAUCAUUAUCCCAGGCAGAACAUCAUGUCGAUUCGACGUCCAACAGACGUCUGUUAGACAUCUAUUAGACAUCCCCGACAUCUAUUAGACAUCUAAUCGACAUCAACGUUCUGGCUGGGAUUAGACGACCCAAGUGGCAAACAGCGUGAAAUAUUUAUUUCAUAGGUUACAUCCAACAUUUUUACCAUCCGGAUUGUAGUCAGACGUGCUUUGUAACACGAAUCUUGGUGACAGGUGCCUUAACGCGCGCGCGCGAAAUACAUGUGUUUAAUUUUAUAGUUAAAUUUUGUUUGAUACGUCCUGACUUCUGGUAUUUUAAAUCCUUGAAAAUGAACGCAAUCCGGUGAUCGAAACGUUGGAUGUAAGCUAUUAAAGAAAUAAUUUACACCAUCUGCCACUUGGGUAGUUGGUCGUCUAAUAAUCCUCUCCCCUAAACUUUAUAAUUAUUUUCUCCGUUUAAAUAGGUGUGUGAGAUAUUGUUUGCUUCAAACGAAUAAAAAUUCAUGAACUGAA